GUAAACCGAACGGUGGCUGGAGGCUGGAUGUGAGCAUCUUCCAGCUACUUCUGCUUUCCUAGAAGGGCCCCGUGGAGAAGAGCGCACCGAGGGCAGCCGUUCCUGAGGAGCUUCCUCCGCGCCCGCUUUCUUCUCCUCACACAAGUUUCUGAAUACUUAAGAUAUUUGGCCCGUUUUUCUGAAGACAGCAGCCAAAAUUCAGAUGCAGCUGAGGCUCAUUGGGUUGUCAGUCUCUCUGGCAGUAUUGAAAUCUAAAAAUGAAGUAUAGAAAACUACUAAACGCUACGUGUAUAUGAUUAAAAACAAAAAAAAAAAAAAAAGCGUUUUUGUGUGUUCCAUAGCAAUAGGAAUCUGGAGUAAGUACAGGCAGUACAACUAAUGAUUAUUUCUUUAGCUCCUUUACAUGGUAAUGGCUGAACCACAGACUCUAGAAUAAUUUAUUUCCAGUCUGGCAUGUAAAUAUGCUCGUAAUUGAGUGUGGGAAAAGUUAUUUUUUGUAAGCUUCGUGGUAUGUAUUAUGUUUUCUCUGGACUGGAACCACUCAUAAGUUGUUGGAGAUUGCAAGAAGACCCUCCUGUGGGUGUCAGUGGUGCACCGUCUGAGAAUAAUAUAAUGCAAUGGAAUGCAGUUAUAUUUGGGCCAGAAGGGACCCCUUUUGAAGAUGGUACUUUUAAACUAGUAAUAGAAUUUUCGGAAGAAUAUCCAAAUAAACCUCCAACUGUUAGGUUUUUAUCAAAAAUGUUCCAUCCGAAUGUUUAUGCGGAUGGUAGCAUAUGUUUAGAUAUCCUUCAGAAUCGCUGGAGCCCAACAUAUGAUGUCUCAUCUAUUUUAACUUCAAUUCAGUCUCUGCUUGAUGAACCUAAUCCAAACAGUCCAGCAAACAGUCAGGCAGCACAACUUUAUCAGGAGAACAAACGUGAAUAUGAGAAAAGAGUUUCAGCUAUUGUUGAACAAAGUUGGAAUGAUUCGUAACAGCUGCUUUGUUCCUCUUCAUCCUCAUAAUCAUUAUGUACAAUUUAACUCUCAGUAGAAAGGCUACCAGAAAUUUCAAGUGCCACAGUUCUAAGAAUUUGCAUAAAAACUCAUUUGCAAACAAAAUUAAGCCCUCCAGUUUAGAGAACUUAAAAGCUUGUGUAUCUUGAUUAACGUACUUUUUAUUGCAUGGUAUGAACUAAGUUAUUGCUACAUAAAUUUGUAAUAUAUCCUGUUUGUAUUUUUUUUUUCCAAGUGUAUAAUGUUGAUGUGGAGUUUUCAUGACAGAAUAUACACAUUUUGUAAAUCUGUACUUUUUCAAAUACUGAAUGCCUUAUUUUUGAAUUCUUUAGAUUUUUAAAUUGGAGAAAAGCACUUAAAGUUUUUAUAUAUAAAUAUUUCAUGUAAAACUGUUAAAUACAUAACCUCAGUGCAAGACAUUCUACUCUCACUCUGUAUCUCUUUCAAAGGAUCCAUUUUUAGUCUCCUUUUCCUUUUGUUACAUGUAAAUUAUACCAUGCACUUUACAAACAGAAAAGUUAAUCUUAUGGUGUAACAGUCUUCACUGGAUUUCUCUGCAUCUGCACCAGAGCUUAACUUGAUUAUGCAUCCUCAGUUGUAUGAGGAAGAGAAGUAUUAGUGACUGCCACCUUACAAAUGGGGAAACAAAUGUAAAUGUUUUGCUAAAAAAAUCCCACUUUAAACCAGUGACAUAGUUGCAAAUGGGAUGCAGAUCAGCAGACUCGAUAAUAAUGUAUUCUUAUAACUUUUAUUUUUCAGGGAGAUUGUAUUUUGCGAAGUUGUAAAAUGUUGUCAUCUAAAUUUGUCCUGAUAUUGUAAUAUGGUUUUGAAUAUUUUUCUAAUAAUUAAAGAGGUCUCCCUUCAGUCCCCCUUCUUGGGCUAGGGAACAAAUUAAUCAUCAGCAGAAGAAAAAAUGCUUGCAGAUUGAAGUGGAGUUAUUCUUUGGAAUUUACCUGUGUAACACAGGUGGUCAGGUUUCAAGUCUGUUUUGCAGAGGUUCCAGCCAUUCUUGAAGUUGCUAGUUUUAGAUGAGUUUGGUUUUAUUCUUGUAAAUUUUGGUUUGGUAACUUGUUCCUGUAUUCUGAAAGCCAGGGUGGAUGAUUAUAGUAAAAAAAAAAAAAAAAAAAAAAGGCCUUUUCUCUCCCAGCAACAACAAAACUGUAAUCCGUUGGUCUUUACUCUAACCAGCAUUACAAAUGUAGUAACCUCAAAAAAAAAAAAAAAAAAAAAAAAAAAGUAUAGUUUUUAGGAGCAUCACUAUUAGGCUUAAAAACUGUAAUUGGAAUGCUAAUCGAACAUUUCUGUGUUAGUAGUAGCUGGUGGAAUAGAACUAUCGUACUGUAGAUGAGAAUUUUUAUAAAAUUAGUUUGCAAAGGCUUUGCAAUUAAUACUAAACAAAAAUCUAUUCACAAAAUUGAAAAGUUCGUUUUCUUUUCUUAAGACUCGGUAAAUUUGUAUUUAAAAAAAACCUUAUGUCUACUUAUGGUUAUUAGCAGAAACAUUAAAGGAUCUAAUUUGCCUUUUUACUAUGGUGAAAUUAUAGUAAAACUGUAGUCCAGAGAAGUAGUGUUACCAAGUGUAAAUUGGUGUAAACACGAUAGGUUUUGUUUACAAAUGAAUUUCUGAAAAGCUUUCCGUUUCUAAUGAGUGGUCUAAAUUCUGAAGGUUUUUUCACUUUACUACCUAUAUUAAUAUUUGUUCCAUUUGCAUGUGUGUGAGAUGGGAUUUGCCAUUGAUUAGGUAGAAUUCACAUUGAUUUGAUUAUUCUUGAACAAUCCCUUUAGGCUUAGGUUAUAGAUUCAUCAAAGUCAGAAAUAUUUUUUUGUACAUCUAGGAUGGAGAUAGUUCAUCUGAAAAAAUUAAUUGGGGCAGAGGAAGGUUUAAUUAAUUAGUGAUCAGCACUGCAAAGUUAAAAUGUCUGCCCAGGUAAGCACUCACAGUAUAUAGGCACAUACACGUGCGAAUGAAUGUGUAAGAACAUUCUGUUGUAGGCAAUAUUUGGGGCCCAGAGCUAGUAUUUGAAGUCUUAAUGAAAAAUGUCAUGCCUUCUUUUGGGCAAAGAUAAUUGUUGCAGUGUACAAAGAUAAAUACUAUAUUCAUGGUGUAUGAUGGAGAAGAAAGUUCCCUGGUCUGACCAAAUCUCAAGUAGUGACUAAUAUACUAUACAGUGACUAUAGAAUCUGGGUGUUAGUGGUGUCAGGAUGUUGGGAAUCCAGCUUUUGAUGAUCAUUUAGGAGCAGAUGCUGGGCUAUGUAGAAAGAAGUAUUUCUUGAUGUGAUUUCUUGAGUGCAUAGGAAACUGCACAGCAUCCCCCAUAAGAUCUGUGAGGUGGAAUGAUAACUUGGAGACUUCUGCAGCCCCUCCCAAAGUACACAUCAUAAAUAAGCUGAGAGAAUAUAUAUUAAUUUGAUAGAGAAACAAUUUGAUUAAUCAGGAAAAAUGAAGCCCUUUGAUUGUGGUAUAAGGGAAGGUAAUUUACUGCCAAAUGACUAAUACAAUGUGCAGCCAAAUGAAUGGUCAGGAAAGCCAUCACGCUAACCUUAUAUUCAGCUUCAUCCUUAAGUUUUUAGUGUGGUGCUAUUUAAAAAUUCAGCAGUUAUUAACCAGCUGGUUUGUUUGUACUGUUGAUUGAUUGUUCAGAGUAGUGUUAUUCCAUUGUUACUUUCCAUUCCUUGGUCUGUGGCAUCCUUCUUUUCUGUUUCUGUUUUUAAAUUGUAAGCUCUUCAGGCAGUGGUAUACUACUAAAAAAAAUAAUAAAGUGAGUAACCUUAUUUUAACAUA